ACGUGUCGUCCGUGUCGUCCUAUCGUCAUCAGCUGCUCGGGAAGAAUCACAUUGAAAUUGCUAUUGAAAAAUUUCUUUUUUUUCUAGUUUGAUUUUAUGAAUUCUUGGGAAGUCUAGAAAAAUGCAGAUAGUAUUCCUUGGAGAGAUGGAUUGAAGGUUUAUUGGAUUCCAAUGGCAGCUUACACGGCUGCAAUGACGUGAAACAAUGUCCGGAAAUUAUGGACACUGAUUGCAUCCCAUUUGUGAAGGAAUUAAUUAAUUACCGUUCAAAAUGAAGUUUUUCAUUUGAACUUUCGAAUUUGUGGUUACGAUUAAAAUUCGGGGAUCUCUCGAAAAAUGAAUAUAUGGACACUUCUCCGUGUGAAAUUUAUUAUAUCUUUUAUACGUUAAUUAUUUAUUUAUUAUCAUUAUUGGGAGCCUUUGAUUCUCACAGAUUACACUGCAGCAAAUUUAUUAAUUGUACGGAACUGCACAAGAUAUAAAAUAUCAGUAAAUGUUGUAAUUGUUUUGAUUAACCGAAGUUGAAUAGUUCGAUUUUUGUUCAGUUCGAUAAACUUCUGCUUAAACUGAUCAAAUAAUAAAUAAAGUUCAAACUGUUAGAUAAGAGUAAUCUGAAAAGUCGUUGAUGAUGAGUAUUAAAUCUUUAUCAAGUAAAAAAAUAAUCAUAUUUCCUGUUAGGAAAUUAAUGAAUUGAUUUGUGUGUUGGCUUUGAAGUUCCAUUUCGAUAAAAUAAAAGAAUUGAGAAUAGGGAAAUUUAAUCUUUUCAAUUUUAUAGAAAAUAAUAGACGUAUCAUAUCCGUUGAAUAGAUGACGAUUUGGAGUCGCUGAGCAUUGCUGAUGUAAUCAUCAAUAUCUCUCCCGUCUCUUAUAUUUUUUUUACGUGCAAAGAUAAAAUUUAAUGAGUACGAAAUUGAUUUGCAUUUUUUUUUCGCUAGAAUAUCACGUUUUAUGAUGUGAAAAAAAAUUCUGAACGAUUUGGAUUGAUUGGGUAAUCUGUCCAUUACGAUAUCCAAAUCUAGUAUCAAGAUGUUUUUUAUAGAAUUCGAGACCGCACGUAGUGGACUUUACCCGCAUUACUCAGCAAUAUUCAGUAAUUGUAGCGUUAAUCAGAACUUCUUUACCAAUCUCUAUUCACAGAAACAUUUAUUAAACCAUUUCACGCCAUCUUACUUCAACCUGCAAAGAAAUCAAUAAUUUUAUAAUAAAUGAUAAAAAUUAUUAAAAAAAUUGACAAUUCAUUAAAAAUCGGAGUUGACUUAUAAAAAUUCGAAAACGAAUGCAAAGCGCGCGCUUACUGAUGCUUUUCUAACUCACGUAGUUUUUAUGAUUUUGUUUUUAAAAGCAACUGUCAACGGUGCUUCCAAAGUAUUCAACACAUUCCCCGUAGAAUUAUAAUAAAUUAUUCAAUAGAUCUCCAAUUAAAGUGUUAAUUUCAAGUUCAGAACAUAAAUUAUUCAGGUUUUCAAUAAUUUGAAGCACUGGAUUGAAAAAUAAUAAAAAAUGGUUGGAGAAAAGUGAAUGCUGUUUUUCCAUCAUCUCAAGGAUCGAGAUAUCUAAAAAAAAAAUGAACUUUGCAAUUAAUGCUCACAUCGACGUCUGCGUCCACCAGGAUUACUCGACUCUAAUGCACAGCCCCUGUGACCCAACGGUGGAACGUCACUUCAGAGGUCACAAGAAAGCCAUCACCAAUCUAAUAUUCCACCCCAACGAGUCCCAAGUGGCAACCUCAAGCCUGGAUAACACAUUUAUGGUGUACACCUUUGCGGACUCCAUGAGAGCAAAUCGUUUCAUCUCUCACAAAGAUGCAGUGCUUGACGUCGAUUACGCGCCUUCUGGUGAAGUAAUAGCUUCAGUAUCAAAAGACAGAACAGUGAGGAUCUGGGUACCAACCGUCAGAGGAGAGUCCCUGGACUUCAAAGCACACACAGGAGCUGUUAAAUCCGUUCGUUUCUGUCGAGACGGUCAAAAUUUAGUGACAGCCUCUGAGGACAAAAUUAUCAAAAUGUGGGUCGUCUGCAGGAGGAGAUUCCUCAAGUCCUUCGUAGGACACACCAACUGGGUCCACUGCGCCAGAUUCUCUCCAGAUGACAGACUGAUUGUAUCCUGUGGAGACGACAAAACCGUCAAGCUCUGGGACAUUGCCAGUGGGAAAUGUGUAAGAACAAUCACAGAACUCAAAGAUCCAGCCCUCGAUGCAGAAUUCCAUCCCAGUGGGAUAGGCAUUGGUGUUGGAAACGCAGUGGGAUGCGUCAAGUUUUAUGAUUUGAGAACUGGCCAGCUGUUGCAACAUUAUACUGCUCAUACUGGGGCUGUCAAUAAAGUUAAAUUUCAUCCGAAUGGAAAUUUUAUGCUGACAGCCUCGGAGGACGCGUCUAUGAAAGUUCUAGAUUUAUUGGAGGGUCGACCAAUUUACACACUGAAAGCUCACUGUGGAGGAGUUCGAGCCAUUGGUUUUUCUCCAUCCGGUGAAUUCUUCGCCUCUGGUGGUGCUGACCAACAGCUGUUAAUCUGGAAGUCAAAUUUUGAUAGCCAGGAGGCUGGCAGGAGGGGCAAGAAAACCCUCUAUCCAGACGACGCCAGGUUGGAUUUGGAAUCACAGCUUGACGCCUUGCGUCUUGAAGAUGGGCAGGACUCCUCAGGAUCUUUUAUGGAUGCUAGAGAAAAUAUCGAGGAUAGUGAAGAAGAUGGAGAGAAAGAAGAACUGGAGUAUGUAACAGAAAUGCAGGAUUUAAGUGUGGAAAUGGAGAGAGGCAGAAGCUGUUUUGGUCCAAUUGCAGAAAUUCCAGGGGAGAUGUGUCCAGUUGAAGUGAUAAAUCUGAAGGAUUCGUGGUCACAGCAGAAAGGAGGAGAACAACUCACGCAGCAUGUGACUCUACCUCUCGAAGAACUCCUCAGCAGCCAAUUAGAGGCUGUAAGGCACACAAUUGUUCUCCUGGAGCAGAGAGUCACGAAUGUUGAGGAGAGACUCAAAAACUAA